AUGUCUCCACGGCGAUACUUCACCGCCGUCAUUAGCAUUCUGCUGCUGUUCCCGGAGGCGACAAGACAAGCCCAGAUUCUCAAAAUAGAAAAUCACGUCUUUGGUUACUUCAACUCCUCUAACUCUAACAUGUUCAACACUAUAGCCUCUGCAACGAUCAACAACCUCGGCGCCGGCGCCCUCCAAGUCACGCCGGACAGCAACAACGUCAAUCUGACCAACAACUCCGGCAGAGUCCUCUUCAACGAGCGGUUCCAGCUCUGGGACGACGACAACGGUGACUUCAACGGAAAACUAGCUUCCUUCAACACCUCCUACCUCGUCAACGUGUUUCCCGUCAACAACGCUACCCCAGGUGAAGGUCUCGCCUUCGUUAUUUCACCUUCUCUUUCGAUCCCUCUCAACAGUUACGGUCAGUAUCUUGGUCUCACCAACGCCACCACCGACGGUAACGUCACAAACCAAUUCGUCGCCGUCGAAUUGGACACCGUGAAACAGGACUUUGACCCCGACAACAACCACAUCGGACUCGACAUCAACAGCGUUCGUCACAAAGUUAGUGUUCCGCUGUCUCCGUUUGGGUUUCAGAUCGCUCCCAACGUUCCUAAGUUCUACGCGCUGUGGGUGGAGUACGACGGUGUACGGAAGGUGAUUGAUGUGUACAUGGCGGCGCAGGAUGAUAAGAACGCUCCCAUUGUAGCGAAACCAACGAAGCCUGUGUUGAGUUCGGCUCUUGAUCUCAAAAGUUUGGUGAAUCAGUGGUCGUAUUUUGGGUUCUCUGCUUCAACUGGGACAACCUAUGAGUUGAACUGUGUUCUUAGAUGGAAUAUAUCUAUUGAGGUUUUUCCUCAUAAGAGUAAAGAUGGGAACUUGUUGAAGAUUGGUUUGGGGGUUGGGGCGCCUCUGGUGAUUCUUGUUGUGGUUGGUGUUGUUGUGUUGGUUUAUUAUUAUGUAAGCAGGAAAAGAAGGGAAAGUGACUCUGAUUCUCAUAUUGUUGGGACCCUCAAGAGCCUUCCGGGAACACCAAGAGAGUUUAGGUUCCAGGAAUUGAAGAAAGCAACAAACAAUUUUGAUGAAAGGCUCAAACUUGGAGAAGGUGGGUAUGGUGUUGUUUAUAGAGGAACACUGUUGAAGGAGAAGUUGGAAGUGGCUGUUAAGAUGUUCUCGAGGGACAAGAUGAAAAGCACUGAUGAUUUCUUGGCUGAGCUCACCAUUAUUAAUCGUCUCCGUCAUAAACACCUUGUUCGGUUACUAGGAUGGUGCCAUAAAAACGGGGUAUUGCUCUUAGUGUAUGAUUACAUGCCUAAUGGAAGCUUGGACAAACACAUUUUCUGUGAGGAAGGGACAAGCACUACCCCACUGGGUUGGCAUCUAAGAUACAAGAUCAUAUCAGGGGUGGCUUCUGCAUUGAAUUACCUACAUAACGAGUAUGAUCAGAAAGUGGUUCACAGAGACCUUAAAGCAAGCAACAUCAUGCUGGACUCAGACUUCAAUGCACGUUUAGGUGACUUUGGUUUGGCACGUGCAUUGGAGAAUGAGAGAACAUCAUACGCAGAGUUGGAAGGAGUGCAUGGCACCAUGGGAUACAUAGCACCAGAAUGCUUUCACACAGGCAAGGCCACACGUGAGUCAGAUGUUUAUGGAUUCGGGGCUGUCCUACUAGAGGUUGUGUGUGGUCAAAAGCCAUGGACAAAGAUUGAGGGGUAUCAGUUUUUGGUGGAUUGGGUGUGGCACUUGCAUCGUGAAGGAAGGAUACUAGAGGCAGUGGACCCUAGACUUGGGAAUGACCCUAGACUUGGGAAUGACUAUGUGGUUGAAGAGGCAGAGAGGAUAUUGAAAUUAGGACUUGCAUGCUCUCAUCCUAUUGCAUGUGAGAGACCAAAAAUGCAAAACAUUGUUCAAAUCAUAUCUGGGUCAGUGAAUGUGCCUCAUGUGCCACCAUUCAAACCAUCUUUUGUGUGGCCAGCUAUGGAUCUAGAAAGCGUUGCAAUUGACAUAUCAGGAACAACCACUUCUCAAUACACAUCCAUUACCAGUGGUGGAACCACAUUGGGGCUAGCUCGUGUCAAGGCACCAGCUAGUUUUCAAACUUGUUAGAAUUUGGCAUGAGUAGAGGCUAAAACUUGACAGCUAUGCAAAACAGAUGAAGUGAUAAUAAAGGCUAAAUUUUUUGGCACGAGCUAAUAUUUUUUGCUGCUAAGCCACUGCCCAUUACCACUAAUACACUAUCUUCUUCUUUGCAUGUUGAAUUCUCAUAUAGCAACUCUCUGGUCUACUCAGCACCCGCCUUUAUGUUACAGCAAUGUGUCAAUUUAAUUUAGUUUAAGUGC